AUGAGGCAAUCACCGCCCAGCAUGGUGCUCAACCUUCCCGCCCACACCCAGAAGCAGCUGGCAAACAUGGCCGCCUCGCCCGCUCCCACCGUCUCCACCGACGCCUCGCCCAUGGACCAGUACCGCCUCACCAUGGCCCAGCGCUACCGCCAGCAGAUCCAGCAGAUCAUGACGGCCGACCUGCUCGCACAAGACCCGGACGCCAUCACCCCCGCGCCGCCGCUCGUCCCCACCACCACGAGCCAGAUCACCAACGCCAUCCUCACCGAGGAUUUCGAGGUCGCCGAGGACGAGGUUGACGAGGACGAGCUGCUGCCGCCCUACGAAGAGGAGGAGGGCAAUGCCUCAGACUGCACCAUCACCGUCCAGGAAAUCGACUCGCCUGAUACGCCCUCGGACAACAACGUGCUCGGUCCCAACAACGAGCCCCGCUUCUUCGCUGACUACUCGCCCAACCCCGUUGACGGCCGCCCCAACAGCGCCUCCUCGUCCGAGUCGAUCGUGCAAGUUGAGUUCGAGCCGAAGCAGCUGGGCCGCGCGCGUGCCUUGACCCUCACCAAGAAGGGCGCCGUCAGCGUCGUCGAGAAGCCCCGCGAGCACCAUUUCCUAAGGCCGCGCAGCCGCAGCAACAGUGCCGGCAAGGACGCCGCUCCAACCGCCCACUGCGCACGCCCCAGGCUACCCACUUCGCGCAACUCCAAGAUGCGCAAGCAGUUGGCCUCUAUUUUCAGCACAAAGGCGCACGACCACGGCCACGCCGCCGCCUCAGCAACAAAGCCCACCACCUUUGUCCGCUCGAGCGCCGUCCUAUGA